AUUCUUUGGUUUAUCAGCAUCUUUUGUGUAUUUGAACCCUCUCCAGCAGUGACUGUAUGAUUUUGAGACUGUAUGAUCUUAUCACACUGAGGACAGCUGAGGGACUCAUACGCCUCUAUUAAGAUCCAGGGGGUGAAAGAUCAGAAUCUGCAAGGUGCAUGUAAACUUUUGAGCACAGAGUGAAUAGUCUCAGAAUCCAUCGCUCAGGAUGGCAUCGACGGUGUUUCAGCUGAUGGGAAUGUUUCUGGGAAUCGUGGGCUGGUGUUUGGAGUCCAGUUCUAUCAACUCAGCCGUGUGGAGGAAAGCCAGUCACGGGGAGGCGGUGGUGACGGCCAGCUCUCAGUUUGAAGGCUUGUGGAUGUCAUGUGCAUCUAACUCGCUCGGAGCCAUUCACUGCCAGAGAUUCAAGACCGUUCUGGGCCUUUCAGGAUACAUCCAGGCCUGUCGGGCUCUGAUGAUAAUCGCUCUCAUUCUGGGUUUGCUGUCUGUUAUUCUGGCCGCGAUGGGACUCAAGUGCACUAAACUGGGCAGCACAUCUGAGGAGACGAAGGGGAAGAUCAGCCUCACCGCCGGGAUCAUGUUCAUCCUGUCAGGUGUGUGUGUAAUGGUAGCUGUGUCGUGGUACGCCGCUCGAGUCGUUCAGGAGUUCACUAAUCCUUUUUACGGAGGAACAAAGUAUGAACUGGGAGCCGGUCUGUAUCUGGGAUGGGCGGCUGCAACUAUGGCUAUAUUGGGCGGAGCAAUCCUCUGUUCUUCCUUCAAGAGCUCAAGACCUGCACAAACACGGGGUCACGACUAUAAAUACAGCUCCACACAGCCGCAGAAGAUCUACAUACCAGCGCCAGCAUCAGAAAACAGCGCCUCUAAAGCUUACGUCUGAGCCUCUCGUUUUACCUUUCAUUUUUUUGUACAUGGAAAUGUGUAUUUUUUUUAGUACAUGCAUUUUAGAAAUCAACGAACUGAGCUUAUUUAAUUAAAUGAAUGUAUGUGCACGGUUCAUUAUUUCAUAAUCUUGCAUUAGAAUGUAUAUAACUUUCUCCGCUUAUAUGAAAAGACUUCAGUUUUCAAGUUUCAAUCAGCAGAUGCUGGCAGUGUUUCAGA